AUGGCCACAGCUCUACCUCAUGAUAGCACAGCAGCAGACAUCACUCAGUCUCGUUACAAUGAUACAAUCGAUGAACCAAUUGCUAAAAUCCUCACACCCAUCAAAGGUUACCGAGACACGCCACUUCUUCCACUGGAAGAAGACAUUUCUAGCGCGUCAAAUCUCUUUAUCGACUUGGAACAAAAUGUUUGGAUAGCUAAGCAUAACAUUCAGAGUUCUUUUGCAUUCCUUGAGUCACCCUUUACACCGUCACUACAACAGAAGCAACCACAGCAGCAAGAUGAUCAACCCAUGGUGCAGCAGCAAAUAAAAGAGAAACCAACAGAGGCUAGUUUAUCAACAACACUGGCCCCUGCCUCAAAUAGCUUGAUAAGCCUUCACGAUUCAUUAGAGUUCAGUAAACUGAAAGAAAAACCGCGAUUAACUAUUCUGAUAGUGCAAUCGAAUUGUAAUCUACCUGAAUUUUGGCGUCCAGAUCAAGUCUGUUGGUCAACCUACCACAAUCGAUUUUUUAUCUUGUAUUCCAAAGCACUCUAUUCACUGAGUGUUUUUCCACUAAUACGAUUGAAAAAACUCAAAGAAUUCAGAAAAUCAUUUAAGAAAUGUACAUGUUACGAUGAAAUUUUACUUGUGGCCACAUCCAGUCAAAUUGAAAGCUACAGUUUGAAAGCUGAUUAUAAAUUACUUAAAUCGUAUGAUGAAGAAGACGACCGAACGAUUGAUGCCAUUCAGUUUAGCCAUAAUGGAACUCAUCUCGGCGUCGCUCUAUCUGAAGACAGUUCAUUAUUGUACACUUCAUAUCGUUCAUGGUUCGAACUUCGUAAUUCAAAUGAUAUGUCAGUUCUACAUAAAGUUGAUUUAAAACAGAGUGAAUGGAAUUAUUCAAUUUUAUCCUUACCAACAGAAGAAUUUUUAAUUUAUUCAGCAGAUGUUAAGAAGUUCUAUCUAAUUGAUUCAAACAAGAAACAAUCGAAAGCUACUAUUCCCUAUAGUAAAGACAAAACAAUUGACUUAGCAGUUUAUAUCGCUGAGUUAAACUGUCAACGAGAUGGUAAACUACCAUGUUAUCUAAUACCAGAGACAACACAAGGUCCUUACUCAUGGAAUACGUCAGACUUUCGGAAAGAUAUCACGGAAGGAAAAUCCGGUAUCCCACUUCGUUUAUCAGUCACAGUUAUUGACACGAAUAACUGUUCAGCUAUUGCAAAUGCGUUCGUAGAAAUCUGGCAAUGUGAUGCUAUAGGCAUCUAUUCUCGUUUUGAACAAGCGAGCAAUAACAUAGCCAACGCUCAACCGGACAAUACAACAUAUCUUCGUGGUUUUCAGUUAUCCGAUUCCAAUGGGUCUGUCACUUUUCAGACCAUUUAUCCUGGAUGGUAUCGAGGACGAGCGACACAUAUUCAUGUACGAGUUCGUUUUGGAGGUAUUAUAGCGCAAGAAACUCAGUACUACGUUAAUGGAACCAUCUCUCAUACCGGGCAAUUUUUCUUCAAUGAGAUUUUUACCGAUCAAAUUGCUCAAUUGGGCCCAUAUAACACGCACAGAAUAAAUCGUACAUUGAAUGAUCGGGAUGGUAUUUAUCGGGAAUCGAAUGGAUCGUAUCAGAUAGUUGACGUUCAGUAUGAGAAUCCAAAAACUGGUUUCGUAGGAGGUCUUUGUGGAAGUGUUGUUGUGGGAGUGAAUUCAAGCAGAAUAUCAAGUGGUGACGAUGGCAGACCACCACCGCCGCCGGGAAAUCGUACAUCAACAGCUCCAUCAACAACUUCAUCAAUAACUCCAUCCACAACUACUAGUUCAGCAGCAUCUACUGCCUGCUUUACGUUCUAUAAUUUAUUCGCUUUACUCUUUAUCAUUAUUCUAAACUGGAUCCCAUCCCGAAAAGAAUAUAACGUUUUAUAUGAGGAAAAAUAG